CGUUGCACGUUAGUCAAGCGCGGUUCGAUGUGCGCAUGCGCGCCGGGUUAGCGUCACUCUUGACCAACGCGAUACCCGGCUGCAACAACGCUCCGGCCGCCACCGCCGAUCGUCAUUCGUGCAUUCGAACUCGCGUCCUUUUCCUGCCGCUAACCGUCUGGUUCGUGUAUAAUAGUAACUUCAAUAUUAUUUACGAAUAUUAUUUUUACUUUUCGUUACGAUUUGAUUUUAUUCCACCACCACCACAACCACCAUUAACGACAACCCGUCAGAACGGCAUUUUUGCAGUUUGCUUUUAUUGGUUUUCUUGUUACUUUGCUCUCUACCGAAACACGCACAGUACUUCGUACUCGCGCGCCUUUCAUCCCGUUUUGUGUUCGUUUGUUCAUUGCGUGCGCGUGCGUGUGCGUGUUUUUGAGAGAGCAGAGUCCUCGCCGCUGACGCCGGUUGCCGUUAAAUAAGUAUAAUUUUUCUUUUUUCUAAAUUCGUCGUUUUUUUCUGUGUAGAGUUUACUCCGUCGAGACGUCGCCGCCAUACACCACACAUAGCAACAGCUUGUGUUAUUAACCACCAUAGCCGCCGCCGCCGCCGCCACAUCCACCAACACCGCCGCCGCCUCAGAAAAUCAACAUCGUUCGAUUGCUGCACACGUCCGACAAACGUAAAACAGAAACAUGACGACGGCGACCACCGAAGAGACGAAAAACGUCCCGCAGGACAUCAAAGAACCGGUAAAAGAAGUUGUGGAACCCGCUGUCGAAGCAAACAACAAACAGGAAAAUGAAAAGAAACCGGUGGCGACCGCUGAGAAAGAUGAAAAGGAAUCGGCACCGGCCGAACCGCCGGCACCGAAGUUCUCGGUAAAGAAACAAAAUUUCGAAAAAGACGUCGUUUACCUGUAUCAGUUCUCGCGUACGCCCGUCAUCGCGUCUAUGUCCCCGUACUGUCUCAAGGUAGAGACAUGGCUCAGGCUGGUCGGACUCAAAUACGAGGUGAGUACCUACUGUAUAUGAGAGUUCAUUUUUCAAAGUAUACUGUAUAGGUACUUAGGUAUUUAACCAAACCCAAUUCUUGUCCUUAUGAUUUCUGUUUCCUACGGUUUUCCUCUUAUCUUUGUCUUAUCCGACUUCUACUAUUCUCUCUAUACACUGUAUAAAAAAACUGUACCUAUUUGUUUUUUUUUUAUACAUACCUAUUUAGUAUUUACAGAAUAUGUUUUACAGUGUUGACCGAUAUCUACUUACAUAAAUCCAUAUUUUAGUUACAGAAUACUAUAAAUAUUAAAUAUGUACGUUAUUUCUCGCAUAUAUGUUAUGUUGUCAGACCACUAUUUGCCCUAUUGGCCGAUGAGUAGUUGAUAAAUUUAUUGGUAGGUCCAUAUUCUGUGGUGUUGGUUUGAAUUAAAAUUAUCGCCAUUAAUUUCAAACUAAUAAUUAACUUAUAUUAUGUUCAAAUCAUUCAUAAUAUAUCAGACGUACUAGUUAAUUUAUAAUAUACACUUACAUUAUACAUGUUUGAACAAUUUAAAAACCGAACUCAAUAAUUUUCAUUAUUCAGUCCAUUGUUUUAUAUUAUGAUUUGUUGAAUAUUGUGAAUUGAUAAACUAAAAUAUGUUACCUACUACCAUAAAGAAUAGUAACCAUACUGAAAGAUUUUAAUGCACGGACACUUAGUACUAAGUAUUAGGUAUCUAGUUGAUUGUUAAUUAAGUUCUAUUAAAUUACAAUCAAUUGAGAAACUAAGACACCACUCAAGUUAUAGACAUUUUGUAAAAUAUGACAGAAACUCCAUAUCUAGAUUUUCUUAAAAGACCACAAAUCUGCAUUAGAAAACAGUUUUUAGAUAAUAUUAUAUUAAUGUAUAAUGCGAAGCUCCGGUGUUUUGUGGGCUUUAAAACCUUUAAGGAGUAAUUUAGCAGUUGUUUCAUUUUUACCAUUGUGCAGGCAGAAUUUAUGAUCACUUGAACAUUUUUGAUUCAUGUAAAAUUACAGUGCCUUCAAUAUUUUACAUAUGGCCAUAUGAUGAAAAUGUUCUACUAAUAUACCAACUAUUUGUGAUUUUAGCUUGUUUAAUUUGUAAGGAGGAAACUUAUUACAAAUAUAGUAAAACAAGAAAUACAUAAUAAUAAUUUCAGGUACUGUCUUGUUUAAAUUAGGUUUUAAAUAAUGUUAAUAAACCAAUUUUAUAGUUUUUACCUUAUUGUGAUAAUUUUUUUUAAAAAUAAACAAAUAUGAAUGAACAUGAUAUUAAGUAGGUAUUUAUUAUUCAUUCACUUGUUAAUGUUUGUAUAGUUAUAUCAUUGUAAUAAUGCCAAAAUAAAAACUACUGAAAUGUAUUCUAUGAAUAUAUCAUUAUAUUUGAUGUUUUGUUUUUUAAACAAAUAUGCGUGGUAUUGAUAAAAAAAACACACAUUCAUAUUUAUAUUAAGGAGGUACAAUGUUCAAUUAUCCAAUAAGUUAUAUUCCGUGUCUAAAAGCAAAUAACUACUUAUAAUUAGUUCUAAAAGCCUUAAUAAAUAAUAGUUUAUCUAUUAUUAUUUAUUUAUAAUAGUAGUUUCAUUUGUUUAUCAUAUGAUUAUCAUUAAUAUUUUUCCACUGAUUUUUUAAAUUAAUUUUGUUUUAUCUAUAAUAAUUAUUAUUGUUAAAUCUGAACUUAAGAAAAACUAAUAAAAUUCAACGACAUCUCUGUACUUGUUAAUAAUUGAUUAAGUACAUUUUCGGUAUAACAAAUUAAUAGUCGUGAACUAGAUUCAAAUACAAAAAUAUAAUAUAAUUACUAGGAAAUUGAACUGUCACCUUAUCGUAAUAAAAAAUGAUAAUGAAAAGAGGAUCAGCUAUAUUCUUCACAGAUCUGUUAAAAAUAAGGCAGACCAUUUUGAUUGUGAGUGAUAUAUUCGUGUUUUUUUUUAGUUAAUAAUAACUAUGUUUAAAAAAUAUAAACAUACAACAUUAUUAACUGUCUAUUAACAUUUUGAAAUAAAUAACUAAAUGAUUUAUCAAUAUCUAAAACGUGACAUUAUCCAGUAUUACUUACUGAGCAUUUUUUUAAUGAUUUUAAUGAUUACCUCCUUAGUUUUAUAAAAUAUUAUUAUUAUCGCUUGUUUUUUUUCUAUUUAAUUAAUUCAUCAUUAUAAUACUUAUGUUAUUGUACUCAUUUUUUAUCAAAAUUGUUCAAAUACUUGUAAUAUUUAGAAAUUAAUAAUGAAAAAUUCCUCUAAAAACAAAAAUCAAUAUAAUAUUCUUAAAUGAAUGAUACAAACUACCUACUUAUUAAAAAACACUUAGGUACUUUCUAUGCCUAAUUAAGAUUCUAUAGUUAAAUUGUGUUAAAGAAUAAUUUGAUUUUAAUGGUUCAAGAACAUUAUUAAUACAAAAAUAUGUAAUGAAAACAUUAGGUUAAAUUUUUGAUUAAUUUAUAUUUAAAAUGUAUUUAGUGUUACCACUAGGACUUCCUUAUUUAAAUGUUCUUAAUUGAAAAUAAUAUACAAUUAUUUUAACCGAUGCACAUCAGCAGUUGUGUUUAAGCACAAUGUUAUUCAUCUUUAUAUACAAGUUCAUGGGAACAUUAUAAUUUUUCACAUGUGUACAAGUGUUCAUGUGUUUUUUUAUUUAUUUUUUUUAAGUAAUUAGUUGACAUGUGCACGAUAUGUGUUACUUAUUUAUUAUUUCAUAUUUCUUAAUAUUAUUAUGAUAUUACGUUUAAUAUUAUUAUUGUUAUCAAAAUUUUAAUAAUAGUGAGGUGUCCUGGAUUGAAAACUGUGUAGCAACACUAAAUAGAUCUAUUAAACCGUUAUUAUAGAUAUUGAAAAUAUUUAAAAUUCACUGACUGCUGUGUAAUAUUUUAUCAAUCUAUGUUUUGACCUUUUGAGUACUGGCUGUUUAACCUCUUAUGAUAAUUAGAGUAUGUAAAAUAGUAGGUUGACAAAAUCAAGCAGUAACCAGAUGUACGUCACUCUUAUGCUUGUUUUAUAACUUUUGAUAAAAAAAAUUUAUUUUUUUUAUGGAUUUCAAUGAAUCACAAUCAUAAAUAAUUUUAAUUCUUACCGUCGAAUCCCUGGCUACUGUAAAUUGCAUUUGACAGACAUAGCCUUACUAGUUUUAUAUUUAUUUAUUUAUUUUUUUUUUUAUAGCUGGCUACUAAUACUCUCAAAUAUUUAUUAUUAGCUUUAUUUACGUUGUAAAAAGACGUUAAAUAUCUGUGAUGGGAAUUUUCGUGUGAGUUUUAGAGAUUUAGUUUAUCUUUACGAACAGUUCAAAUUCUAAUGUUCAAUAAAACAUCUCGUCCGCCAUAUUAUUAUUUUCGAUAUAAAUUUGUAAUAAUAAAAAUGAAGAAAACGAUUAUAGACUGGAAAUGAUAAAACAAAAAAAAUAGUUUUAAAAAGUAAUUAAAAAUUUAAAUCUUUUAUUUUUAUUUUAUACCUACCUAUAUAUUCCUAUUUUACUUUCGACUCUGUACCUAAUGUUCUUCAUCGUUUAUUAUAUCCGUUUUUUUCUCCCGUAAAUACACCAGCCGUUUGAAAUUUCGCAGUUUUUUUUUUCCUGAAGGUAUCAAGGUGACAUUUAUUGUACCCUGGUAAAAAACUACCGUAAUGAAAUAUCCGCGGUUUUUCCCUCGCCUAUUUUGAAUACAAAUAAUAAUACUCGUAGCGGGUAUAAAAUAUAUAUAAAUAUAAUAAUAUAUUUAUGUGUAUUACACGCUUUCACUGUGUAUAAAUACUGAAACGUCGUAGGCACCACUGUUAACAACUAGAAAUCCGGUGAAAUCAUUUACUACGGCGCGUUAGGUACGACGCACGGUAUACAAUACGCGCAUUUUCCUCGAAGAAGAACCCCGGCUAUACAUUACAAGUACGAUCACUAGAAACGGGAAAUAGAUUUUUUUAUUACAUUUUUUUUUUCCUAAUACUGUAAUAUACCCCCACCUAUAUAGAUAUACACGAACGCUUUCGAGCGAUAAACAUCGUCGUCAUCGAACUGCGUGCCCCGGCCGGAAUUAGGUGAAAUUCUCGAUAAUUAUUAUUAUUUUCUAGUUGCUUUUUUUUUUCUGUCUUAUUCAUUUGACGCCUAUAGAGCAGUAAAUUCGUCAUUCCGUGUUUAUCGUUUAGAAUAACGUCGUUAUUAUUAUUGUAUUUCGAAAUACAUACAUAUAUUAUUAUAAUAUACAACACGCAGCAUUCCUUAUCGCUGUAAACAACCGGCUAAUAUUACCACUACUCCAACUCUGAAACACCAUGCUACGCACACCUUCUUCUCUACACAAUAAUAAUAUUAUAUAAAAAAAUAACCGUCCGUCUUUGUAUAACACUAAAAGCGGAGGAGAAAAAACACAACUAAACAAUAAUAUCUAGCUGUAUAAUAUAAAUACGUAAUGUCGAGAUUCGAGUAUUUUCCAUAGACCCGAUAAUAACAUUAUUAAUUGGACUGUCGGUCGGUGCCCUGUUGCCUAAAGGUCAUUAUUUUAGAUAGUGAUUUUAGACUGGCCACCGCGGUUAAGACUUAGGACUGGACCGUUUACCUCCGCCGUCCGUUUUUCGAUAAAUGUUUGAAAAUUAAUUUAUUCUAACCGAAUAUUAUAUACAAAGUUUCGUAUUUAAACGGCGUUGACGAAACCUCUAAAAAACUCUGAACGAAAUUCCACUCGAAUAUAAUACUAUUAAGGCCACUGCAAACACCGUGCGAUUUUCGUUAAAAAGAUCUAAACGACUGACAAGAAUCAAGUAAUUUCCUGUGGUUCGAUUUUAAACAUUUAAAUAUGUAUGAGUUUAUAAAAACAAGUGAAUUUUGCCACGGUCGAAGCAUGUUUUUCAUUUUAAUUUUUUUUUUUUUUUAAAUGUUUUAUUCUCGUAAAUAAUUUGAUAAAAUUGAUGUGUCUGCUUUUUAAGAGUUUUUGCUACCAUUGCUACACCUCACAUGUUCCUACCAUGAAUUACUUCUUUCUAGUCUUUGACUCCUAGAGCUUUUAGACUUUCUACUACAUCAAACCAUGUUUUCCUAGGUUUCCUUCUAGGUAUUCUUCCUUAUGGCUUCUAUUCCAAUGUUAUUCUAGUUGUAUCGUUCUAGCCUCUUCUCAUUAUAUAACCUAGACAUUGUAUCUUUUAGCCCUUAAAAAAAACUUCUUACUGGUGCAAGAUCCUAUUGUUGUACUUCUUCAUCGUUUCAUUUUUUUUUUUAACAAUGUUGUUAAACUUUUCUCUCUUUCUUUCGUUAUUAAUGGAAACAUAGAUAGUCUUAUACGUUAUGCGAUGUCUUUUUCUCUUUCUAAUAAUGCUGUUACCCCCCUCCCUCGGAUUAUUUUCUCUGUCGCUAUUCGGUCCGUAUUUUCUUUAUGAGUAUGGGAAUUUUCACGGAAAUUAAAUAAAUAACCUACUUAAUACCCCUCUCAAUUCGUUUACAUUUAUACACUUUAUUCGUAUUGUUUCCACGCGUGUAAAAAUCUUGAUAUUUAUGUAGGUAUAGAUAAUGUUAAUAUUGCUCGUCAUGCAGAUGCUCUGGUAACAAUUUUCACCUCGUCCAUAUGUAUUACGACCGAAACUAUUAUUAUUAUUAUUAUUAUUAUUAUUAUACGAAUUCAAAUAAGAACAUAUAAAAACCAUAAAUCCCGUUGUAUGCAUGUGUGUGUGUACAGGGUGUCUGGUAACUGUUAAUCGUUUACGACUCUAAUUCCGACCGUCGAGAAAUAAUCUCGACCAUCAGAAUUUAUUUAGACGCAGUAUUUUUUUUCUUUCACAACCGCGUUGCUCAUGUUUCGACAUUUUCAUUUUACAAAAUAGACACACUAUCAUCCUGAGUAAGUUAUAAUCUUAUAACUUUGUGUCAGACCUUCUCCCAAGGCUUCUACCGUCAAUAAUAAUACGAUAUUUUAAAAUUAGGUAUUCUUUUCGCGUUCGCAAACUCGUCCGUCAUAAUAAUAUUAUUGGCGUCGCACGCACUGCACAAUAUUGCAUUGUGUGUGCAUUAUUAUAAUCAAGUUAUUCCCUCUCUCCUUUUUUUUCCCCGUAGGAUUUGCAACCGGAUAGCGGACGUUCAGCUCACGUUUUGAUUUUCAUUAAUAAUUAUCUUAUCGAAACGUUUCCGACUUGCAGUCUCGUACUGCGUUAUAAUAUUAUUAUUAUUUAUUGGGUAUGAUCGUUUUUUUUUUUUUUUUGUCGUUGUUAUCGUAUACAAAUGCAUAUUAUAAUAUUAUUAUGUGCGUGCAACCGUGCCGCCGAGGAGUGUAAAGGUGGCAAAGUGCAUUCCAUCGCGAGCAUCUCGUGUUCUGUAUAGACAUUAUUAUUAAAAAAAUAAAAUAAAAUAAGUACCCGUGAAACCUGUUGUAGUAAAACUGGCCGCGGACUCUCCGGAGCAGCUGCUCGCAUAACGUUACAUUAUCGUUGAUACCCGAGGAGUUUAUUUCCACGAUAUAAUAAUAAUAAUAAUAAAUAUCGACCGACGACGAUAUUUGAAUAGCCGCUGCACAGACGGGUAGCGUAUUUACAGAUCCUAUCCCGGGUUCGACCGUAGCUGCAUGUAAACGCGCGACCCGCGACACGGCUCUUUUCGUCGCCCCCCCCCCCGGACCCGUUAGGUUUUGGGAGCCUAAGCUCGGGAUUUACCGGGUCGUAUUCUAUUCGGCGCCCGCAGUAUCUCGGGUUCGGGAGACCCGCGACAAUCGUUGUGAAACCCGCAGUCGGUCUCGCGAGGUUACACGCGCUUCCGUGCCGAGUCCCCGAACUCGGUUAGGGUCUGUAAACACUCGUACGAGAAAAAUCGCGACGCCCGACCGGUUCGCGAUUUUUAUUAUAUUUUUUUUUUUCCGUUCGCUAUCCUCGAUCCCCGUCGUCGUCGUUCGGUUUCAAUUUCACGGGGAAUUUUUCAAUCGAAACGCACAUACAUAAUAAUAUAAAUAUAAACUGCGUAACCGUUACCGAAGCCCUCUCGUCGUAUCGGAUUUUUUCGUUUUUUUUUUUUUUACAUCAACACACACACACAUACACAUGAAUAGUAUUAUAAACGCGCUCGCGGGUGAGUCAUUCGGUCUCCUCUCUCGCACACGCGGUAAAUAUCAUACGCCCGUAUUCGUGUGACCGUCAGCCCCUAAAAUAAUAAUCGCGUUUUUUUUUUCUCCCCCGUCUUCUUUACGUAACAAUGCGUAAAUUAUUACCGUAAAACCCAUUAAUGUAUGUACGUUGACGAAAUAAUAACGCAAUAAUAUAAUAGUAUACGGGAGAGAAGAGGAGGCAUUUGUCGUCGCCGGAUCAAUUCCGAGCACAUCCUUAUUAAAAGACGGUACGCCGCCGCGGGCCCUCGGGGGCCGCCACGAUACCGACAAAACGUUAAUGGUGGUCAUUCGUCUUGUUGAUUACCGCGAUGAUAACAAUGAUCAUAAUAAUAAUAACAAUAACAAUAUACCGGUGUGUACACACAGAGACCGUUUUUAAUGUACGGUUCCGUCGUCGCGAUGAUUGUGCUUGUGCACUGUGGUAAUAAUAGGUACCCAAAUUGUUCGCCGCGCCCCGUUUCCCGUCCGACGGUUUCAACUACGAUGCCGGUUUCGUGUACGAUAUUGUAUUCAUUGGUCAAUUACAUGACGCGUUAAAGGACAAAUUGUUAUUUCUUUUUAAAGUGUCGUGUUCCUUCACGCACGCGCGCCCGCACGUCAUAAUAACGUUACGCACACGCGACAUUCCGCGCGUCGUUACUGCUGCGGCACUCGAUGUGAUAAAAACCCGUCGAUUGUCGCCGUCGGGGUUUUUUGUUUUUUCACCGUAGGUUUUUUCUCGUCCUGUAUUUUCGUUGGCGACGGGGGGGGGGAAAGUUCGGUUGACUGAAAUGCGUGCAGAAUUCUUUUUUUUCCCCCGUGUUCGGGCGGCGGAAAAGACUUACGGUUCGUCGCGUUUCGUAGUCUGAACUGUUAACACGUUUGAAGUUUGACGAAGCGAUUACGAGAGAUUCGCAUUUAAUGUGCCGGGCAUCCAGAACACAGUGAAAUUAUUGGUUUUUCGUACGAUAUUAUUGUACGUACAUACAGUUCCGUAACAAUCUGUCAUUCUACUUGAAUUUUUAUCAUUUGUUUGAAGAUAAUAAUAUUAUUCUUAUAGAAUGAAUAACUAAAUUUUUUUAUUCAAUUUUGUUUUUUAACAAAAGUCUUUUGAGUUAAAUUUUGAUUAAAAUCGCACAAUUUACACCAUUUUAAAACAUAUAUAUUACAACCCAAAUUUCGCCCAGAAUCGUAUUUCGUUAGCAAUGGUUUAUCGUUGCGUUCAGAUAUAGAUUAAAUAACCAUACAUCCUAUAUUUUCAACUUCCCGUCUAUAAAAGUGAUACACUGAUCAUCGGUAUCAUUUCUUUCAUUUUUUUUUUUUUCUAAUACACCUAAAUAAUUUUGUUGAUUAGUUCAAUUUUUCUAACCCUGGGAGAAAAAUUAGGAAAUAUUGACAUUGGAGGUUAAUAUAGUUAAGAAAGAGGCGGAAGUAAUAAAAGUUGCCUUCUAACGGUACUUUUGAAAAACCGUUACAGUAUAGAGAAGAUGUAUUGAUUCAUUUUUCGGGAGAAAGAAUGCGUCUGACUCGAAAUAUAAUAUUGAAAUUCUUGAAUGAUAUUUUAUAAUAAAAAAUAAAAAAUGGCGGAUAGGUGUGUCGAGGAAAAUUGGAAGGAUAAUAUAACGGAGUAAUUUAAUUCAUAUCGUCGAUAAACCGUUUGCUAAUGAGAACGAUUUUGGGACGAGUAUUAUUUUUUCACUAUGUUGCCAUGGCAAUUCAAAAAUCGCUAGUUUUUUCUUAUAUUUCUAUAAAACUACGGGUAAAAUCGAAGAAAAAAAAACGACCUCCCUAUAAUGCGCCGUCUACGGAUGCUGCAAGAACGUUCAUCCGUAGGGUAGUUAAUCUGAGCAAGAUUUCUAGUAGAAUAAUAAUAAUUGUUUACGCGCACAAUAAAACCGAUACAUUCCGUCAGUUCGUCGUUCGGAAAUCUAUAAAAAGUCUUGGUUCUCUCUCCCCCCGAUCCACGGUCGCCGACGAAUCGUUGACGAUCGACGGUUCUCACCGGAAUUUGUAAUAUUAUUAUUAUUAUUAUUAUUAUUUUUUUUUUUUUUUUUCAUCGUAUUGUCAUUAUUAUUAUCAUCGUCUCUUCUCUCCUUCGGAAGCGCGUACAUAUUAUAAUAAUAAUACACGCGUUACGUUAUUUAAUUACCACGUCAAUAGAUCUCGCGUCGGAAGCCGCGCGGACGGGAGCGCGAGGGGAUUUUUUUUUUUUAUCAUAACAUACGGAACGUGAAUAUAAUAAAAUACGCGCGUGGAAUGCGCGCAUUCCUUUGUACUUGGACGACGGCGUUCUCAACGGGCCCCGCACACCGAAAAACUUUGACCUUAUAAUAACAAAUAUUAAUUCAUCGUCGUUAUUAUAAUAAAUAACAAUAUAUGCGCGUGGCAUCGUAUCAUAUUCGUGUGUAAUAUACGUUAUAUUAACAGUAAAUUGUGUGUCCCCGAUGAUUACGCGCGACGACGGUGCCCGUAUACGAAAAUGUGGCGGUGAUGCACACGAUUAAAUUAAUCGUAGCAGUAACAGUAUUAUUGUUAUUCAAUCGGGCCCGAACUCGUAGGCUUCUAUUAUGCGCACAUUAAGAGUACGCGCACCGAUUUCUCCGUGUCCCGUAUAUCCUGCUCAAAAUCUAUAGUUCCUCUUAUAAAGGCCGGUGGGUCCCGACGACCGCGCCUCUUGUUAUUUUUGUCGUGUACGGUGUCUGCUCGUUGACUUUGGUGUGUUAUCUCGGCGCCGUAACGUCAAGCGGGGGAAAGUCGCCGGUGUACAAUAUUAUCGGAACCGAAACGAGCAUAAUAUUAUUUGAGGAAAUUGUCGAAGGCCGCGCGGGUCUGAGAGCCGAACGACUGCUCUGCACCCCGCGGACAGUCAAUUAAAACGCCAAGGUCUAUUGCUCCGUCUCGUUAAAAUCCGAGAAAUGCAUUUAUUAUUAUUAUUUUUUUCGAUUCCGCAUAUAAUAUUACGUGUACUAAUAAUAUUACAUCGCAAUUGUCGCACCGAAGUUUUUCCCCGAGGUUGUUGUAACGUGAAGACUUCGGUCGGGCCGCCCGGCUGGUGGCGGAUUACGGUUCGACUGUAUUUGCGUUAUCUCGACGGCAAUCUACUGCGUGCGCGGGCCCGGCUCGAUUUAUUAUCGCUGGUCGAUUCGAGUAUAAUAAUAUUGCUCGGUUAGAGAAAAAACCGGCCGGGGGGAAGGAGGGGGGGGGUUCGACGUGCUUAAAAAUAGUGCGACUAGCGAGAGGGGAAAACGGCGUAAUGUAAACGUACUACAACUAUAAUAUUAUUAUGUCGUCGGGGGGGUUUUUAAAAAUGUUCUCUAGCCCGCGAGUUUCCGGCAGCACGGGGGUGUUGUUUGUGCGUGCGUGUUUGGCGCUCGCGCGCGCGCGGGCGUGUGUGUGUGUGUUAAUGGCGAAAGAGAUCAAUAACACAGUUGUCGCCGUCUGAACCAUAAACUCCUCCUCGGCCACCGCCCUAUACACCCGGCGGUCGCCAUGGCGACCGCCGGCUCGGUUCUUCUCUCCGGCCCGGCAGAGUUCAAUAAACCCUCGGCUAUGUGUGUACGUAUACAUAAUAAUGUUUAUAAGGGAUUUCUGCGCUCGUGUGUAUGCUCGGGCGUAGCGCGCACAGUCGGCGGCGAAUCGUUAGCGUUUAUAUUAUGCAACAGGGUGUGUUUCACAUUAUUAUAUUCUCUUGGAAAAAUUGUUUCGACGCCGUCGUUCGUGCGCGCCGCGUACGUGUUCGUACGUGCAGUUUUAAAGUGAGAGACUCUUUACCGCGGGUUUUAAUUAAACCUCAAACGACGCGAUUAAAGCAAAAAAAAAAAAAUUAAAUAAAUAAAUAUGUACAUGCAUAGAUAAAAAGAAGCCACUAUACGCGACGCUGGUACGGGAAAACCGGUAAAGUUUUUACACGAUCCACGCCCCCGGAAUCCGUGGAAACGUAUUAUAUUAUGUUGGGGCGGCGAGGUUAUUGACCCGUUUCCUCGCCCGUGUUCUGGUCCGCGAGUAAACUUUCGCCAUAGGUACCUAUCGUGUGUGUAGAAUAAUAUACAUAUACAUUUUGUCAGCGACAUCACGCCAUAAUUAAACCAACAUAUUAUUCCGCAUACGGCGACAACCUUCUCGUACCUGAACAAAAAAUAGUACUCGCCGUUUAUAAUUGUUUUGUUACGAACAAAUAUCGAAAUAUAUCCGCAGUGUGUAUAAAAAGUAAUCCGCUAAUCUUGACGAGCGAACGACGAAAUCGCCGUCUACCGGUCUACCAUAAAUGUGACGAAUUUCGGAUUACGCAAUAGUUGUGAUGUCCGUUAUAUUAUUUCACCCGUGUGUGAUUAUUAUUUGUUGACAUGUGACAAACACCUAGUUUUUUUUGUUUUUUUGUUUGUUUUUUUUGCACUCGUUCGGUAUCUUUGUGUAAGCGAUCACUUCGUCGCUCGUUUGUUGUUUCGUCAAGGUCUACCGAUUCUGGAAAAAACAACCUACUCUCUUGAUUUUUGACCUUAAUUUGAAAAUCUGAAAAAUAAGUGUUUUUCUACCACUUAUACCUUUAGGUAUACGCGACCAACGAAUAAUUUCGUUCUUAAUGACUUGGUUGGGUCAUUGCCCUAGAAUCCUCGACGGAUAAGCAUCUCUGGUCUAAUGAUUACUGUAAUUUCCUGCACUACAUACACAUUAGCCAUAGCUUUUUCUGGUGGUGUGACAACAAAAAUAUUCAAACACUAUGAAAAGGGUUUUGUUCUUUUUAUAAUGACCAUUUUUUUUACCAAAACGAAAAUAAUUUAAUAGUAAUAAUUUUAAACAAAGUUUAUAUUCUAUAUCCUUAAAUAGUUAAAAUUAAUUUCGAAUUUAUUAUUUGUUUAGAAUAUCGACCACAAAAUGAAAUACCGUUCCAAAAAAGGACAAUUGCCAUUUGUUGAAUUGAACGGAGAAGAAAUUGCUGAUAGUACUCUAAUAAUUAAAGAACUUGGCCAGAAAUUCGGCAAAGACAUUGACGCUGGAUUGAGCCAAGAGCAACGUAACAUAUCACAUGCUAUGAUCUCGAUGAUUGAAAAUAAAUUUGUAUGGUAUGUAUUACUCCCUCUUUAGAUUGUACAGUAAAUUUGUCAGUCAUUUUGUAUAUUUUGAUUAAUUUACCCAAAUGUGCUGAUUUCAGGGUGAUAACAUGGUGGAAGACAAAAACUCCAGAAAAUGUAAUUAAAGGAUACAAAUUGAAUUUGCAGCAUGCCCUUGGUACAUGGGUUCCAAAUCCUCUUCUUAAUUUCUUCUUUAAGUAUAGUUAUAGCCGAAGAGUGAGUGUUCCAAAACAACAAAAAAUUAACAUACCAUCUAACUAAUAAAUUGGUUGGUUUAUUUCACAGGGGUUAAAGAAAGUUAAAUCUCAAGGAAUUGGUGUCCACAAACCUGAAGACAUCUUGGAAUUCGGACAAAAUGAUCUUAAAGUUUUGUCAGAAUUUUUAGGAGAUAAAUUGUACUUCUUUGGAAAUGAACCUACAACUGUAAUUUUAUAUUUUUUUUUAUACUUCACAAUUUUUCUAAAAAAGAUCAUCAUGAUUAAGGUUAAAAUUACAAUUUUCAGUUGGAUGUAGUAGUUUUUGCAAACUUGGCACAAUUGUACUUCUUAGAAAAAGAAGUCGAAUGCCAAUUGCGUGAUUAUUUCGUGGACAAUUUUGAAAACUUAGUAGAACACACAAAUCGCAUCAAGGAACGGUGUUUCCCUGAAUGGGAAGAUAUGUGCAAAAAUCUAGAUUUGAACAGCCAUUUGCCAAAACCACCGCCAGUUGAAGAAAAGCCUAAAGAAGACGUAAACAAGAAAGCCACUGAAAAAGAAGCAUCAAAGGAAGCUGAAGAGAAAGUGAGUAUAAAUCAUUCUUAUUAUAGCCUGUAUUUUAUGUGGAUAAUAGUAUGAACCUAUUAAUACCUCUGUGAUACUAACUUAUUCGCAUAUUCUCUUUGUAUAUUAUAUCAUAAUAUUUAAACAAAUUUUUAUUACAGGAUGAUGGAAAGAAAGAAGGAGAGAAAGAACCAGAAGACAAAUGAGCGGUAUUUGCACUGGUAACAAUAAAACAGACUCAUCAACAUCAUUUUAAAUUAAGCGAUUUCACCGACACUUUCGAUCCACCAAUAAUAUACUAUUGACUAAAACUAAAAAAAAAAAAUCAUACAUGACAUAUUUAUAAGUUACGUGUUUUAUAAAAACAUAAAACACAAAAUAUCUGAAUCCAAUUUUUUUUAAUAACAUUUUUGAUUUUGUAUUCGUGAACAAGAAAUUUAUUAUAAUAAUAUAUACUUCAACUAUUGAACAAAUGUGUUUGAUAAGAUAAUUGACUCCACUAAGAUAAAAAUAUUAAUUAUUAAUAUAAUGUUUUGGACAUCAAAAAAAAAAAUAAUAAUAAUAAUAAUAAACAAUAAAAACUUAUAUCUACAUUUAUUAUAAACUGGGAGAUAAAAUUGAAGCUCAGGUAAUAAUGAAUAACUCUUAAGUAUAAUAAUUAUAAUUAAUUAUCCAUUUAUUUAAGUGUUAAGAACAUUUUGUUUGGCCUAUGCUUUUAUUAAAAUGGGGACCAGACAAACCGGACCUCGAUAAAAUUCCGCUUAGCUAUACAUACAAUAAUAUAUCAUUUUAUAAUAUAAUAUGUAAUUUUAAUUAAUGAAACGCUCCUCCCCUUCAUAAUUUCCUAUUUUGGUGACAAUAUCCUCUCUGUAUGAUGUAAAUUUUUCUACCAUUUAUAUAAUUUUAUACAUAUUAUUAUAUAUAUUUUAUGUUUUAAGUGUAUAAAUUAAUUUUAUUAUUUAAGCGAUAAAAAGAAAAGAAUCGAGCAAGAACAAUUUCCACUGUGUACACCUAUUUUGUUUUUGUUCGAAUAACAAUACAUAUUAUACCUUCUCUCGUACCCCUUCGGCUUCGUCAUGUCAAGAAAUGCCGAACUAGCUAUAAGUAAUUAAUUAUUCUCUUAGCAUAUUCAUGUUUUCAAAAAAAAAAAAAAAAAAAACCUAUUCUCUUAUCAUUAUACAUUAUUAUAUUAUAAUAACUAUAUACUAUUAAUAUUGACUUUUUUUUAAUAUUUAUUUUAUACUUUUACUAUAUAUUAUCAUCCAAGUGUUGUAAUGAGAAUAAUCUCAUUUGUAUGAUUUUUUUUUUUUAUAUAUAUAUAAUUUUAUUAAGCCUUUAAGAAUAAAACCAACUGCAACAUUAUAUUUGA